AUGCGAAGUCGAUGUUUGACUGGGAAUGUUUCCAGCAUUGGUCCCGACGAAUUGGUAUCGCUCAUUGAGAUACUCGACGUCUUGAUUGAGAGAGCUCGAGAUGCCGCCAACAGUCGCGAUUAUAUCACUCUGUGUAUCCGGGAUGCUGUUCUGCACUUGCUGACCGACACUGGAACAUCCCCGCAGAGACUGCUUGAACUUUGUCGUGCCAUAACCCUUUCCUUAGCCACCGAGCCAACGACACAGGGAGAACAGAGGCAGGCUCUGCCUUUGGAGCAGACGGCGAUGUGCCCGUUACGAUUGGGCCGUCUGGAACGUGUCUGA